AUGACUGAGACUGUCCCUACGGCUGUGUCUUUGGAUAGCGGCGUUAAGGAUGAGAAAGAGGUUUUUCAGGCUCUAUUUCGAGGCGAUAGGCAAGGCAAAAUCACGAGACAGGGCAUCCCAACGUUCACUGAUCCUUUAGAGGAGCGAAAGUGGAUGAAAGAACAUAUGGCGGCAGCUUUUCGCUUUUUCGCAAAGAAUGGAUACUCAGAGGGUGUCAGUGGCCAUAUAUCCAUGAGGGAUCCGAUUCUAAAGGACCACUUCUGGAUGAACCCUUUUGCAAUGCAUUUUUCGAUGAUCAGAGCUUCAGAUCUAGUUUUGGUUGAUGCAGACGGCUAUGUCGUCGAGGGCGGCGCUCAACUCCCAAUCAACGAAGCCGGCUUCAUGAUACACUCUGAAAUUCACAAAGCUCGUCCAGAUGCCAUAGCGGCUGCGCAUACCCACGGUAUCUAUGGGAAAACCUGGAGCGCAUUUGGAAAGCCAGUAGAAAUGAUCUCACAAGACGCAUGCAACUUCUACGGAAAACUCGGAGUCUAUGAAUCCUUUGGAGGGAUUGCUUUGGCUCAAGAGGAAGGCAGGAACAUUGCAGAAUCGCUCGGGAAGGAUAAAAUUGCUUGCAUUUUGCAGAAUCACGGACUACUCACGGUGGGAAGAACUGUUGACGAGGCUGCCUUUUUGUUUGCCAGUCUAGACCGCGCGUGCCACGGGCAGCUUCUCGCUGAAGCAGCUGCAGCCAACGGUCUUCCCAAGAAGAUCGCGAGCCACAAGGAAGCCCAAUACACUGCUGAUGCGGUGCAGAAUCCGCAUAACUUCUACACGGAAUUCCAGCCCGACUUUGAGCUGAUUGUCAAGGAAAGUGGUGGAGAGGUUUUGGAGUAA